AUGGAUCCAGAGAAGGUCGCUCCAACCGCGGAGCACAUUGACGCUACUCAAAGCGUGGAGUCUCUGUCCGACGAACAUCGCGAGUAUCUAAUUCGGAGGCAUGGCACGGCUGAAUUAAGUCCACUGCCUGAUAUGAAUGAUGCAAACCCGUACAAUUGGCGGCUUUCAAAAAAACUUAUCAAUUUACUUCUUGUUGCCUUCCAUGGCUUGAUGUCGACUUUCACGGCGGCAUCAAUACAGUCUGCCUUUCACAACAUUGCAGUUGACCUUGGAGUCAGCAUACAACGCGCCAGCUAUCUCACUUCCCUUGUUAUAGCAAUUCUUGGUGGCGCUCCAGUUUUUUGGAAACCACUUUCUGAUCGUUACGGUCGACGCCCAAUCUUCUUAAUCUCGCUUGUCGGGAGUCUGAUUGGCAACGUCGCCUGUGCAAAAUGUCACUCAUACGCAACAAUGGGAUUGUGUCGAGCGAUUACCGCGUUCUUUAUCUGUCCCGCUGGUGCGCUAGGCAGCGCAGUCGUCUCAGAGUGUUUCUUCAAACAUCAAAGAGCGAGAUAUAUGGGCAUGUGGACUGUGAUGAUCAGCCUUGGUGUGCCAACAGCGCCUCUGAUAUUUGGAUUUGUUGCAACCCGAGUUGGAUAUAGAUGGAUCUAUUGGGUGCUAGCCAUCACGAACGGUGUGCAAUUCCUCCUCUAUCUCAUCUUUGGCCACGAAACGCGCUACGUACCCGGUCGGACGCCUACUUCGCUUUUCAAAUUUAAACGAAUCGACACGACUCCUCUGACUCUUUGGGACUUCAUCAAACCGUUCACAUUUGUAUAUCGGAUGCGGGUCAUGAUACCUGCAUUUUCGUACUCUAUGGUCUUCUUGCUCGCAGGAGUGUUCAUCACCAUCGAAAUUCCCCAGCUCUUUGUUGAACAGUUCGGCUUCAACGCAGAGCAGAUUGGCCUGCAGAAUAUUGCCAUAAUCAUCGGCACUCUUAUUGGGGAACAAAUUGGAGGUUCUGCAUCUGAUCAAUGGAUGGCUCAGCGGCGUAAGAAGGUUCACAAUGUCAAACCGGAAUAUCGACUUUGGCUUAGCUACCCCGGUUACGUCCUUGCUACGGUUGGUAUUAUUGUAUUCCUGGUGCAACUGAACAAUGCCGGCCAGCAUUGGAAUGUGACUCCUCUCGUUGGUGCAGGCAUAGCCGCAGCUGGCAUGCAAAUUGUGACCACGGUGCUUGUGACGUACGCGGUUGACUGCUAUCCCAAGCAAUCUUCAUCCGUGGGAACUUUCAUAACUUUCGUUAGGCAGACCUGGGGAUUUAUUGGUCCAUUCUGGUUUCCGCCAAUGCUUCGUACUGUUGGACUCGAUGGUAGUUGCGGAAUCACUACAGCGCUGAUUAUUGUCGGAAGCGUAAUUCCAACCAUCGCGAUUCAAUGGAGUGGUCGCAAGCGCGUAAUUAAGGAGUAG